UACGGCAUUCGGCUCAGGCCAUGAGCAUAGCUGUACAUCAUUGUCCAACUGAUAUCCAGCAAGAUGAAGUUUUGUUACAUUGCUGCCCUAAGUGUCUUUGUGUCACUGAUUGCUACAGCUCAGAGCACGACAUGCGAUCUAUGCUGGGUUAAUGGCUAUGACAAAUGCUGUAACGUAUCCAGCUUACAAUGUCCUGGGCAAUGUAUGACGGUUUCAGAAUACUGUAAUGUGGAUGAUAGACAAUAUCGCACAAUACAGAGAACAUGUGGAAAUCCUUACUUCUGUAGCAUGAACUGCUUCUCGGUCACAGGUCCACCAAACUUUAAGGUCCGCGUCGGCAUACAGUGUGCGACAGGAGAUCACAGCAAUGCUGAUCUAGAUUACAUGGUCUGUCCUGAAUUAGCAGAAAAUGGCUACCAGUGUCCAGUGUGCUACAGAAAUGACACCUUGGAAGAAUGCUCUCCUGAUGGAUAUGUCAAAUGUUCAGGAUAUGAAAAGGAAUGUGUGAAUUAUGUUGCAGUUGUACAGUAUCCCGAUACUGUCCCCCGAAAUGUCUCUGUAAAGGGCUGCGUUGUGACAGGUGGAUGUAACGUUGGGCUUGCUGCAAUUCCAGGCACUAAACAGAUGACACUGAUAAAGAUGGAAUGCACUAAUGCAAUGGAAGUGCCAGCCAAUAACAGUUAAAAAUGUUCUGCUCCAUAUCUGCUUACUGACUAGUUGUAACCGCAAGUUCAGCCUGUUUCAUGGCAAUCAACAUAAUACACGUAUAAAAGAAUUCUAUUAUAAUUACCGCUUUAGAUACACUGAUUGCACUAUUGUACAAAUAUAACACAGGUGGAAAUGUGGCGAUGAGUUUAGCAGGAAUCGGCUUCUCUAACAUGUAGGUUCCAUCAGUGAGAUAACACUGUUACACAGCAAUGCACAACGCCAGUAGGGAAAAUGCUGACACAGGGGAGGAGUAUUAGAAGAGAAAGCUCAAACAGGACUCAGGGCGGAAUGUACUAAAGGAAAAAUGCGGUAAAACCCCCAAAAACGGGGGUUUUACAGCAUUUUCAAAUUUACUAAGACCCUACCGCCGCGUUUUCACAAUCCAGGUUAUCACCAUCUUUGGAUGGUAAUACCCUAUAGAAGCCUAUGGGCUUCUUAUCGCUGACCGUCGCUACCCGCCGCCUCCUCCCCUCCCCCCCGGCAUACCUUCCUCCAGGCUGCCCUGGACCCGGAAGGUAAUUUCCUCCUCCCCCUAGCAACGCAGCCGGAGGUCCUUCCGGCUGCAGGGGGGAGGAGGAGGCGCCGGGGGCAGCCUGCUGCUGCUCCCUGGCUUCUAGGCAGUGCAAAGAUCCCGGGGACGUGACGGAGACCCCCCGCACACCACCUCACAGGUACUGCGGGGGGCCUCCGUCACCGCAUCGCAAAAUUUAUUGCAUAUGUUAGUACAUAUGCGAUCAGCAUCGCUGCGGUAAGCGGCGGGGGGUGGCGAUGUAUAUUAAUACAUCCCGCCCUCAAACUACAAACAUCCUCAUACAGUAAUCACAAUAGUCCUCAGCUAUUAGUCAUGGGUUUGGUAGAUUUUGUAUACAUUGUUUGCAAUUAUUUUAACUAAACCAUUAUACUGUACAUUAUAUUCCCAGUUUAAAGUAAACUUCCUCUGUUGUACAGCAUAUACAUUGUCAACCAUACAAUUAUUCCCCAUCUUCAUCGUCUAGGAAGUGCAAUAUACACCUGCACUAGAUAUUCCCUGUGCACAUGGCUUCUCUCUUACUAGUGACAUGGUUUAUCAUCCAGACCUUCAUGAACAUUACAGGCACCAAGUCAAUAUAGUUAAAAUGCGCUGUGCAUUUUGCUCCAGUGCUUAAAACGUCUAUCAGCUUCUAUAUAUUCCCGCGCGUUUUGCUCUUUUCUUAACAAUGAUGUAUUGUACACAGCAACAGUUCUGAAUAAAGAGUUAUUGGUGCAAAGCCCUUAAUUUCUGGCAAAAUGUUGUGAAGUAUUGGAACAAAUCAUGGGGAUAAACACCAGCCCAUAUACACCACCCCAUAGCACAGUGUUUGAUACUGUAUAUUAGCUCAGGCAGUUUCCACAUGUAUGAUAUUUGAUACAAUGUUCCAAGUAGAAAAUAAAAAUCAAUUGCAAUAA